AUGGCUGGCUCUUGCUCGACGCUGCCGGCGCCGCUCUCCUGGCAGAGCCUCGCGGAGAGCGGGCGGCUCGCCCGCGCGCUUGACAGGGAGAGCUCGGCCGCGCCACACCUCCGAAAGCUCCGCCUCACCAUGGAGCCCAAAGCGGAGCCGCACACGCUGCGGCUCAAAAUGCCGUGCGAUUGCGGGAGCUGCAUCGUCAAGGCACAGAUGAAGGCGGGCGCCUCCUGCCUGGUGCUGGUCUGGAACGAGGAGAAGCAGAAGUGCUCGCUCCGCCUCAAAGAGCUCGCGGACGCCGCGCCAAGCGAGGGGCCGCCUGCGCCCGCCGCCGGCGUUGCGGCUGCAGAGGCGGACACUCAAGCGGCGGCAAGCACUGCCACUGCCGAGGCGGCGGGCGGCGAGGGCGGCGCGGGCAGCGAGGGCAGCGAGGGCGGCGAGCGAGGCGAGCGAGGCGACGGCGGCGCGGGCAGCGCGGGCGGCGCGGGCGACGCGGGCGGCGGCGAGGGCGGAGAGGGCGGAGAGGGCGGAGAGGGCGGUGGGGGCGGCGAGGGCGGCGAGGAGGGUGGCGGCGACGAGGAGGCCGGCGGUGGCGGAGGCGGCGGCGGCAGCGGUGGCGGUGGCGAGGCUGCGCUGCCGGGAAGCAGCGCAGCGUGUCCGAUGGAGCUGGACAGCGACGACGAGCCGGAGCCGGCGGCUGCUACGGAGCUUGCGGCCUCUGCGGAGGAGAGCGAGCAGAGCCCGCCCCUGCUGGCGCCCGCGGCGCCGGCGGCAGGGGCAGACGAGCCGGCGCCGCUGGAGGAGGGAGCGGCGGCGGAGGCGCCCGUGGCGGUCGCGGAAGGCUUGCGGCUGCAUUUGUCUAGCAGCAGCACGGGAUACAAGGGCGUGUACUCGCGAGACGGCCGCUUCUACGCGGAGCGCAGUGUGGGCGGAAGAAGUGUCCCACUAGGCCGCUUCGACACGGCGGUGGAGGCGGCGGUGGCCUAUGCGCGGGCGGUCGGGGAGUACAAGCCUCCGGCUCCUCCGACAGUGGCGGCAGAGGCGGAGGGGCUGCGGCUGCACCUCUCCAGCAGCACCAGUACCGGCUACAAGGGGGUGACUAUAUCUACGCAUCACAGUGGCGGCUUCCGGGCGGAGCACUAUGUGCGCGGAAGGCCAGUCCACGUCGGACGCUUCGACACGGCGGUGGAGGCAGCGGUGGCGUACGCGCGGGUGGUCGGCGAGGCACCGGAAGCGGGCUCGGCGGUGGCGGCAGCAGCAGGGCAGGCGUCGGCGGCACCGCUGGGCGAGACGGCAGAAGGCGCAGCCGCUGCCGAGCCGGUGGAGGCGGAGGCGGCGGGCGCGGCGGCGGCGGCAGGGGCAGAGCAGCCGGCGCCGCUGGAGGAGGGAGCGGCGGCGGAUGCGGCAGAGGAGGCGCCCCUGGCGGAGGAGGCGGAGGGCUUGCGUCUGCAUUUGUCCAGCAGCAGCAAUGCUGGCUACAAGGGGGUGCGCAAGGACUUGCGACACGGCCGCGUCUACUUCUACGCGCAGCACAGUGUGGGCGGAAGAAAUGUCACGCUAGGCCGUUUCGAUACAGCGGUGGAGGCGGCGGUGGCGUACGCGCGGGCGGUCGGCGAGUACCAGCCUCCGGCUCAUCCUCCCCCGACGGUGGCGGCGGAGGCGGAGGGUCUGCAUCUGCACCUCUCGAGCAGCAACGCCACCGGUUACAAGGGCGUGUUCAAGCAGCCCUCUGGCCGCUUCCUGGCGCAGCGCACUGUGGACGGAGGGAGGGUCUGGCUCGGCACCUUCGACACGGCGGUGGAGGCGGCGGUGGCGUAUGCGCGGGUGGUCGGCGAGGCGCCGGAAGCGGGCUCGGCGGUGGCGGCAGCAGCAGGGCAGGCGUCGGCGGCACCGCCACCGUUGGGCGAGGCGGCAGAAGGCGCAGCCGCUGCCGAGCCGGUGGUGGAGGAGGCGGCGGGCGCGGCGGCGGCGGCAGGGGCAGAAGAGCCGGCGCCGCUGGAGGAGGGAGCGGCGGCGGCGGCAGCGGCAGCGGAGGCGCCUGUGGCGGAGGUAGCGGAGGGGCGUCGGCUGCACCUCUCGAGCAGCAGCGCCACCGGGUACAAGCACGUGUACUCGCGAGACGGCCGCUUCCAGGCGCGGCGCCGGAUGGGCGGCAGGCAGGUCUCGCUCGGCACCUUCGACACGGCGGUGGAGGCGGCGGUGGCGUACGCGCGAGCAGUCGGCGAGUACCAACCUCCGGCUCAACCUCCUCCGCCUCCUCCGACGGUGGCGACAGAGUUUGAGGGGCUGCGGUUGCACCUCUCCGGCAGCCACGCCACCGGCUACAAGGGGGUGUCUAAGCAUCACAGUGGCCGCUUCCGGGCGCAGCACUGUGUGCGCGGAAGAAAGGUCCAAGUCGGCAUCUUUGACACGGCGGUGGAGGCCGCGGUGGCGUACGCGCGGGCGGUCGGGCAGGCACCGGACCGCUCCUCCUCUUCCGCCGCCGGUGGCAGCGGCGCCCGGCCCCGCCCAGCAAAGCGCCCGCUCGAGCCGACCGACGCGCCGCUGCCGAAGCGGCGCUCUAGCCGCGCCGCCGCCGCCGCCCCCUCGGCUGCCUCCUCCUCCUCCACCCCUCCCGCCGCUUCCUCCUCCUCUUGCUCCUCCUCCACCGCACCCACCGCACCCACCGCACCCACCGCACUGGCCGCGCCCGCCACCGCCGCCCGCCCCGCCGCCUCCGCCUCCACCUCCACUGCCGCCGCCGCCGCCCCCACCUCCACCGCCGCCCCUGCCGGCCCCUCGCCGCUCUCGAGCCGCCUGUUCACGACCACACCGGACGGGCGCACCGUGCUGAGGGAGACGCCCCCUCCGCCCACGGGCGGCAUGGCGGCCGUCGCCGCGGCGCUGGCGCAGAUCAACCUGCAGGCCUACGCCGCCGCCUUUGACGCCGAGGGCUACGACGACAUCUCGUUCUUGCGCGGACUGGACGCCGCCGAGCGGGCGGACGUGGCCAAGGAGACGGGGAUGAAGCCCGGGCACGCGGGAAGGUUUGUCAAGUUCGGCUUCGAGCCGCCCUGA